GGAAGCGUUUCGAAUUCAAUACGGCAAAGAGACGCGUUUGUCACUUGAGGGGAAUACUUGAGGAUGAUAUUUAGUAAGAUGUUUUCCCUUGUUGCCCUGCUGAUCAUAAACCUACCAACAGAUGGAGACACCGCACCUAUCACCUGCUACAAUGACGAAGGAGUUGCUGUUGACUGGUUCUAUAUCUACAAACUGCCACAUAAGCAUGGUAGCAAAACUCAAAACGAUGGGCAGAAGUAUCUACUAAUGGAUAAAGGGAGCGAGGGAUGGACGGACGGGAAUGUCCUGGUGAACGACAGCACUGGAGCACUAGGGAGGACAGUGGGGCAGCUAUAUCAGCAAGAAAAGAGCAGUGAGCUUGCCUAUAUCUUGUACAAUGACCAGAGGCCACUCGAGGAUAUGGGCGACAGAUGGUUUAAUGAAAGUGGAAGCAGAGGGGGGCAUACCAAGGGUGUUGUGCUGCUGGAUAAGAAUCAGGGGUUUUGGCUGGUCCACAGCACGCCUCGUUUCCCCCCAGUACAGAAAGAAGGGCCGUAUUCUUACCCGGGCACUGGUGUGAUCAACGGACAGAACUUCAUCUGUGUCACAUAUCCACUGGAGCGCUUUCAGACCAUUGGAGAACAGUUGCAGAUAAACCAGCCUAACGUGUACGACUGUGAUGUUCCUGCCUCCUUGGCUAGUCUGGUGCCCUCCAUAGCUGCUGUGUGUAAGAAGAACCAAAUGGCCAACAGCAUAUUUCCCUACACCAGGCCUGCAGCCAACCGCAGCAUGUCUCUCACCUCAUUGGGUGGAACAAAAUUCAUAAGUUUUGCAAAAGGAGCAUCGUUCAAUAAUGACCUGUACCACUCCUGGGUCGCCCCCACCCUCCAGUCCAACCUUCUGGUCCAGUUCUGGGUGCGCUCGACGGGCAUACUCCCAUCGGAUUGCACCCGGGGCUGGAAAGUCUUAGACAUCACCAGCCUCUCCCCAGGCCAGAAGUUCACCUACAAAGCCAGCCAGGACCACUCAAAGUGGGCCAUCAGCACCAAGGGGAACUGGGUAUGCGUGGGCGACAUUAACCGCAACCAGGCGGAGGAGAAGCGUGGAGGCGGGACAGUGUGCCAGCAGGACGCCCUGGUGUGGAAGGCGUACAGGAUGGCAGCGCUGCAGUGUCAGAUGUGUGGGGGAACCAUAGCAGACUGUGCCACCUCUGUGGGGUGAGGUACGGCACCUACAGGGAGAUGUUGUUAUGUCAGUCAUCUCUGAGUGGAAAUUUUGCACAAAUCUAUUUUUAUCAUGCCUACUGAAACAAAAUUGAAAUGCUGCUUCUGAUCAUGACUAACAUUUUUUACAUGUCAAACAGGUGCACUUUGCUUUGAGGUUGUUACUGUAGCAACCAGUGGUAGCUUUCUGGCCACUGAUGUUUAGCUGUAUAUUUUUAACUGACUGAAAUGUUGAAGAAAUCAAUAUGGAUUAGAGAUUUGUGUAGUAGUGUACAUGGGAAUGUGGAAUAGUUCGUCUGGCAUUAUAAAAACAUGAUCCUAUUCAACCUUUUGAUACGAAUGCAAAUAUAACUUGUAUGCCAAUGAAUGUGUAAGUUCAUUCAACGAUAAUUGUUGACAAAUCUCAGGUUUUUUAUGUUUUGUAUGUGCCUUUGUGAUUGCAACUAAUUAUUUGGAUCAAUUUGUGGUCGAGUGGUAUUGUUAGAUGUAAUGUAUGUGUAUGCUUGGUUUUGGUACUGUUGUUGAAAUGUAGUUCCCUUUUCUGAUAUAAAGAUGAGAAAAAGCAAAAACGA